AUGUGGGUGAAGAUUGCAGAUCAAGGAGGCCUCUUAACCGCUAUGUGCGUGUAUGCUCCUCAAAUUGGGUGUAUGGAAUCCGAAAAAGAUAUAUUCUUCGAUUCAUUGGAAAAAGAGAGAAUCAAAGAUUGCAAAGUAAUACCUGGAGAAGAAAUCGCCAGGCAACAUCGUCCACUUGUCAUGGAUCUUGAAAGAAAAGGGUUUCCGGAAAGAAGAAAGGUUUAUGAACCUCGAAUUAGGUAUGAAAUGCUAAAGAACAUGCCGACGAACGAUAAAUACCAUCAGAAAGCCUCCACACUCUUGGGUGCCAGGAAGUUAGAAAUAAACGUAGACGACGAUUGGGAGACGCUAACUGCAGACAUAAAGGAAAUGGCGAUUCAGAUUCUAGGACAAACCAAAGGAGGCAAAGCUUUAAAUAGGGAACUAUGGUGGUGGGAUCAAUCGGUUAGGGAUUUCAUCGAAAGAAAGAAAAUUCUAUAUAGACGGUGGCAUAAAUCUAAAAAGUCGAAGGAUUAUCAAAAAUAUAGGGAGGCAAAGAGAGCUGCGAAGAAGGCCAUUGUAAUAGCGAAGAAUGCUGCGUACACCGAGAUGGCAAACAAACUGGAUCAUAAAGGGGGCGACAGGCUUAUGUACAAAUUGGCCAAGAUAAGAGAGAAGAAAAGUCGCGAUAUCGAAGUCCUUAAAAUAGUCAAAAAUGAGCUGGGUCAAACCUUAUUCAAGCCGACGGAGGUGAUGGAAAGGUGGAAAGGAUAUUUCAAGGAACUUAUGAAUAUUGCUAAUGACAAAGAUUUCCUUCCCGAUAUUGAGCCAAACAUAAUUAUGGUCGAACUCUUUCAGGAGGAUGAAGUUAGGACUCAAAUGACAAGAUGCAAAAAGGAAAAGCUAAUGGCCCAGAUGGAAUUCCUAUGGAAGCAUGGAUCGGAUGCCGAGAAGAAGGAGUCACGACUAUGA